CGGAAAUGUCUCCAGGUGACGGCGGCUCUGGCAGGGAGACGCCGGGCGUAGCGGGGCGGUGGCAGCUGUGAGCGGCGGCGGGAGCUACCAUGGAGCACAUCCGCACCACCAAGGUAGAGCAGGUGAAAUUAAUAGACCGUUUCAGCACCAGCAACAAAUCGUUAAUGGGAACUCUGUACCUUACAGCAACGCAUCUGUUAUUUAUAGACUCCAGCCAGAAGGAGACUUGGAUACUGCAUCAUCAUAUCGCUGCAGUGGAGAAACUUGCCUUGACUACUUCAGGCUGCCCUCUUGUGAUCCAGUGCAAGAACUUCAGGGUAGUUCACUUUAUUGUUCCCAGAGAAAGGGAUUGUCAUGACAUUUACAACUCUUUGCUGCAACUGUCAAAACCAGCAAGCUACAAUGAACUGUAUGCCUUCUCUUACAAUCCAAAACAAAAUGAGUCUAAGCGGCUGCAAGGCUGGCAGCUCAUUGACCUAGCAGAAGAAUAUAAGCGGAUGGGAGUGCCAAACUCUAACUGGCAGUUGUCCGAUGCUAAUCGUGAUUAUGAGAUUUGUGACUCCUAUCCCAGAGAACUUUAUGUUCCCAGAACUGCAAGCAAGCCCGUAAUCGUUGGUAGCUCCAAAUUUAGAAGCAAAGGAAGAUUCCCAGUGUUAUCAUAUUAUCACAGAGAUAAAGAGGCUGCCAUUUGCAGAUGCAGUCAACCUCUCUCAGGUUUCAGUGCCAGGUGUCUGGAGGAUGAAAAUAUGCUGCAUGCGAUCAGUAUAGCCAACCCUGCUCAUCACUAUAUGUAUGUCAUGGACACUCGACCUAAGCUUAAUGCAAUGGCAAACAGAGCAGCAGGUAAAGGCUAUGAAAAUGAAGACAACUAUGCUAACAUUAGAUUCCAGUUUGUUGGAAUUGAAAACAUUCACGUAAUGAGAUCCAGCCUGCAGAAACUUUUAGAAGUCAGUGGUACAAAAGCUUUGUCUGUCAACAGUUUCUUGUCUGGUUUGGAGAACUCUGGCUGGCUGCGUCAUAUCAAAGCUGUAUUGGAUGCUGCUAUCUUCUUAGCCAAAGCAGUAGCAGUGGAAAAUGCGACUGUGCUAGUUCAUUGCUCUGAUGGCUGGGACAGGACUUCCCAAGUUUGUUCCCUUGGAUCUCUCUUGUUGGAUUCGCAUUAUAGAACAAUCAGAGGCUUCAUGGUUUUGAUAGAGAAGGACUGGAUCUCUUUUGGACACAAAUUUUCUGACAGAUGUGGUCAAUUGGAUGGUGACCCAAAGGAAAUCUCUCCAGUGUUCACUCAGUUUUUAGAAGGUGUGUGGCAUCUCACAGAGCAGUUUCCACAAGCCUUUGAAUACAGUGAAGCUUUUCUCCUUCAGAUCCAUGAACACGUCCAUUCAUGCCAAUUUGGAAACUUCCUUGGAAACUGCCAAAAAGAACGAGAGGAACUAAAAUUGAAAGAGAAAACUUAUUCCUUAUGGCCAUUCCUUCUGGAUGAACAAAAGAAGUAUCUUAAUCCUCUAUACAAUCGAGAUUUUUCUCAGAAACUUGUCCUCUUGGAGCCUAACACAGCGUCCUUCAAUUUUAAGUUUUGGAUAAAUAUGUACCAUCAGUUUGACCGAACUAUGCACCCCAGGCAAUCUGUAUUUAAUCUCAUCAUGACCAUGAGUGAACAAAAUAAACAACUGGAGAAAGACUUUAAAGAACUGGAAGCUAAAAUGAAACAAAGAAACAGGCAACCAGAAGAACUCCUCACUAAGGAACCAUUGCAGUCUGUCCAUCCUGCUUCACCAGCACUUAAAACUUCUCCAAGCUUUAAGAAGGAGCAGCCUCUGUUACCGAUGAAUGACUCCAUUCGGACUAUAGAGGGCAGCAACACAGCAGACAAUCGCUACAGUGAAUACAUGGAGGAGUUGUCAAAAGCUGAGCCUGCUGUUGUCAGCUUGGAGUAUGGAGUGGCAAGGAUGACCUGUUAGUGAAACAUUGAACAGUGCUUCUUUUUUCUAGACUGACUGAAAUACAAGACAGAUUAUUGUGAGGAUGGUCUAUUGCUGCAUGACCAAAAUCUGAUUUGUAUAAUAGUGAGCUUUGUUACUGUAGAAUAGAACAGCAUGCUAAUUGUUAACGAAAGUGUUUGCUGUUCUCUUGAGAAAUAAUUGAAUUUAGCUGUAUUUAAGAAAAAAACGUUGGGGCAUUUAAUGAUCCUUAGUGACUUAACCAAUUAAGGAGUGGUCUGUUUUGGAUUUAACAAGUCACAGUUUGCUCUAGAGUGAGUAAAACAGUGACAUUACUUUAAGAUGUGUGCAUGGAAGCCAAACACAAAUGGGCUUUCAGAGCCAAUUUUAGCUGGGCAGGAAAAACUUGACAAACGUUCUAUUUUAGAAACAAGUUAUGUGUAUAUAUAGCAUACAGUAUAAAUAUGUAUACUCCUAUUUAAUUUUGACUCUCACUGCUAACUUUUGGUGUUUUAAGUGCCAUGAAAAAGUACAGUAUACUUCAAACUAUAAAUAGCUGGCCUUAAAUUUGUCAAAUCAAUUGCCUUCUUGUCCUUGACUAUUGCAGCCUGUAACAUGACUCUUGUUUACAUUUGUAUUUGCUUGAAUUGUUCUUGCUCCUUAAAAUGGGAUCAGAUUUAGGAAAUGUAAAAAAGCCUAAACAGUGAUGCUAUCAGCAAAUGAAGCUAUAAGAAUGUUAAAUCUUACGCUGAAUAUUAUUCUUAUGUUUCCUAUUCCUUUGUUGUUUAAAAUGAUAAUAGAUUGGCCAACUUUUGUCAACCUAGAGGAUUAAUGGAUUGACAGCAUAAUUGAAACUGAUUCAUGUGUACAGUUUUUAAAAUGUUGAAUUGUGGCAAGAUUUGUAACUUGGGCACCAGUGCAAAGGUUUAAAAAUGUGGAGAGGUUUUAUUAAACUAGCACAUUGCUAAUAACUGAA